AUGGUUGACGACGCCAACGGGAUGGUGUGGGCGGGCAUAGGGACGGCAGAUCGUGGCAUGGCGCAUGGACCACGUCGCGCCCUUGCCCACCAGAGACCCCGCCGCAUCGCGCCCAUGUUCAAGGAGGCCCUCUCAUGGCGAGCGUCAGCCCACACGCCGGUGCUCGUCAUCGUCGCUCAAGUCGUAUGUUCAUGUGUUAACAUAGAUUCUGAUUUAGAAGGGCUAAAAGGAUCGGAAGGGGGUGUCAUAAAGGCAUGGCCUUGGGACGCCAUUGCUAAGUCCCUCUCAUUUACAUCAGGAGAAAAUCAUAUGGCUGCCUCGCUGGUUGAAAAAUCCUAUAUUGACCUUAGGAACAAUGCUACAGUUGGUAACAUGUGCUCUUUGCCUGCUGCUGAUGUGAAACACAUGCUUGCAGAUCGCUGCAGAGCAAAAGUUUGGAGUCUAACUAGCAUGACAUUUGCUCUUUGGGAUGCUAAGACUAGGGAGCUUUUAAAAGUAUUUGGCAUCGAUGGCCAAGUCGACUUAGCUCGGCCAGAGGCCCCAGUAAUGCCAGAACAGUUCAUAGAGGAAGAGAUUAAAGUAAAACCCACAAAAAAGGAGAAACCGCAAGGUUCUUUCAGUUUUUUUCAGAAAUCUAGGAAUGCCUUGAUGGGCGCAGCUGAUGCUGUACGCAGAGUUGCAACAAAAGGGACAUUGGUGGAAGACAAUCGGCGAACCGAAGCAGUUGCUCAAGCAAUGAAUGGGACAAUUUGGUCUGGUUGCACAGAUGGUUCAAUUAUUGUGUGGGAUGGAAAUGGGAAUAGAUUGCAAGAAUUUCAUUAUCAUAGUUCUUCUGUUCAAUGCAUAAAGACACUUCUGAGAUGGGUGCUGGAGUUCUUGCCAUGGCAGCAGCCAAAGAAAGUAGGGCUUGAGGGCAGUGCCAAUGGGCAGUGGUGGAUAGACAGUAUUGGCAAAACACUAGAUGAGGGGAUAUCCUUCCACAGAGUUGGUUCAAGGCAGUUGGCAGGAUUACUUAUUGCCGCAUGGGCAAGUAAUGACCUUAAGCCACAUGUUGGUGAUGUUGAUGCUGCUGCAGUACCAUGUGGCUUUGGGCGUGCUAUUGGCAACAAGGGUGGUGUCGGAUUAAGAAUAAGAGUCUUUGAUCGCAGGAUAUGUUUUAUAAACAAUCAUUUUGCUGCACAUCAAGAAAAUGUUAGCCGUCGUAAUGCUGAUUUCGACCACAUUUAUCGGACAAUGACUUUCAACAAACCUCAUGGAUCUACAGCUUCUGCUACAUCUGUCCAAUUGCAUAAAGCAGUGAGUGCUAAUGAAAAUCAAGCCGAUGAAGAUAGGCCUGAGCUGGCAGAAGCUGAUAUGGUUGUCUUUCUUGGUGAUUUCAACUACCGACUUAAUGGCAUCACCUAUGAUGAAGCAAGGGAUAUGGUCUCUCAGAGGAGCUUUGACUGGCUUAGGGAAAGGGAUCAACUUCGAGCGGAAAUGAAGGCAGGAAAUGUGUUUCAAGGAAUGCGUGAAGGUCCAAUCAAAUUUCCUCCGACCUACAAAUUCCAAAGACACCAGUUGGGUCUCUCAGGGUAUGAUUUAGGCGAGAAGAAGAGAAUACAUGCUUGGUGCGAUAGAAUACUAUAUCGAGAUAGCCGUUCUGUAUCAAUAGCUGAAUGCUCAUUAGAGUGUCCUGUUGUUGCUGCAAUUACAGCGUACGAAGCUUGCAUGGAUGUCACAGAUAGUGAUCAUAAACCUGUGAGAUGUACAUUUAGCGUUGAUAUUGAAAGAGUAGAUGAGCUGAUAAGAAGGCAAGAGUUUGGAAAAAUAAUCGAAUCUAACAAAAAAGUAUGCUCUUUGCUUCGAGAGUUGCAUUUUGUUCCAGACACUAUCGUAAGCACAAACAACAUUAUAUUGGAAAAUCAAGGAGAUGUUAUCCUUCGAAUAACUAAUAAUAGUGAAACUAGUAAGGCUGCUUUUGAAAUCCUGUGUGAAGGCCAAUCAAUCAGAAAGCAAGAUGGAACUAAAUCUGAGCUGCUCCUAAGGGCAUCCUUUGGCUUUCCACUUUGGCUUGAGGUCCAACCAUCAAUCGGUCUCAUCGAACCAGGAGAAACAAUGGAAGUUGCUGUGCAUCAUGAAGACUUCUUCACACAAGAAGAAUUUGUCGACGGAGUACAGCAAAACUGGUGGUGUGAAGCCACCAGAGAUCUGGAGGUUGUUCUUUCGGUGAAUGUCACAGGCAGCUCCUCGACUGAGGCCGUCACACACAGGAUCACUGCCCGGCAUUGA